GAUUUUUGAUUCGGAGGUGAAAAGAAAAAUCGUUUUGUGGGUUUUGUGAUUCGAUGAACUAGGGUUUGUAAUUUCACUAUCUUCGAUUCUUUUACUCAUCGGGUGAGAAGGAAGCGUCUUUCAUGUGUUCUUCCGUGUAAUCGACUGUUUUAUUGGGCUUAUAAGCUCUAGUUUGGUCAGUGAAUUCGUAACAAGUAAAUCCUAGAUUGGGGGAAGAUGCUUGAGGGAGCAAAGUUCAACGUGCUUGCUGUUGGGAAUCAUCACAACAACGACAACAAUUACUAUGCUUUUACGCAAGAUUUUUAUCAGAAACUUAAUGAAGGUUCAAACAUGUCUAUGGAGAGUAUGCAGACGAGUAAUGCUGGAGGAUCUGUCUCAAUGUCUGUGGAUAACAGUAGUGUUGGUUCCAGCGAUGCUCUUAUUGGCCACCCAGGUUUGAAGCCUGUGCGCCAUUACUCACUCUCUGUUGGACAAAGCGUGUUUCGCCCGGGAAGAGUUACCCAUGCGUUGAAUGAUGAUGCCUUGGCUCAAGCUCUGAUGGAUACCAGGUAUCCAACCGAAGGGCUGGCAAACUAUGAUGAGUGGACGAUUGAUCUGAGGAACCUCAACAUGGGUCCUGCCUUUGCUCAAGGGGCUUUUGGUAAAUUGUACAAAGGGACUUACAAUGGAGAGGAUGUAGCGAUCAAGAUACUGGAGCGGCCAGAGAACAGCCCAGAAAAGGCACAGUUCAUGGAACAACAGUUUCAGCAAGAGGUGUCUAUGCUUGCUAAUUUGAAGCACCCAAACAUCGUGAGGUUCAUUGGUGCAUGUCGCAAGCCAAUGGUGUGGUGUAUAGUGACUGAAUACGCCAAAGGAGGUUCAGUGAGGCAGUUUUUGACUAAGAGACAGAACCGAGCCGUCCCUUUGAAGUUAGCUGUCAAACAGGCUUUGGAUGUUGCUAGGGGUAUGGCUUAUGUCCAUGGACGCAACUUCAUACACAGAGAUCUCAAGUCAGAUAACCUUCUCAUCUCAGCAGAUAAGUCCAUCAAGAUUGCAGAUUUUGGUGUUGCAAGAAUUGAAGUUCAAACCGAAGGAAUGACACCAGAAACCGGAACUUACAGAUGGAUGGCUCCAGAGAUGAUACAGCAUAGAGCCUACAAUCAAAAAGUGGAUGUGUAUAGCUUUGGGAUCGUGCUGUGGGAGUUAAUCACAGGACUAUUACCGUUCCAGAACAUGACAGCUGUACAGGCAGCGUUUGCGGUUGUAAACCGAGGAGUGCGUCCAACAGUCCCAAACGAUUGUCUCCCCGUGCUGAGUGACAUCAUGACUCGAUGUUGGGAUGCUAAUCCAGAAGUCCGUCCAUGUUUUGUGGAGGUUGUGAAGCUGCUUGAAGCUGCGGAAACAGAGAUAAUGACGACAGCGAGAAAAGCCCGUUUCAGAUGUUGCUUGAGCCAGCCGAUGACGAUUGACUAAAUAAUCCUCCCCUCAAGCAAAUAACAAAGAGAGAAAGAAGAAGAAGAUAUAAGAAAAAGGGCUUUAGAUA